AUGGGUAUAACAGCAACUCGAGCAGCGACCAUUGAGCGGCAGAAGCAGCGGCGCGAUAAGCUGGCCAAUGUUUUGCGGGACAACAAGAAGCGACUGCUGGUCCUGGAGCAGGAGAUCUUUGUCCUUCUCCUUCCCUGCGGCAGGCAGGGCAGGCAGAGGCACGAGACUCGAGCAGCGACCAUUGAGCGGCAUAAGCAGCGGCGCGAUAAGCUGGCCAAUGUUUUGCGGGACAACAAGAAGCGACUGACCGAGCCCGUACCGGUGGGCGAAUCUGAAAGACUGGAUAGAGAUAUCAAGAAACUGACUGAGGACUGCCAGCGGCUGCUCAAUUUGAUCAACGAACCGCAAGCGAAUGGGUCUAAUCCUGCGCCAAAUUCCAUGAAUCGUCAGCACUCGGCCCCAGCCAACAACAACCAGCAGCAGCCACAGCCAUUCCCACGCCAACGACAGGCUGGUCGCUCCCAGGCGUCGCCCAGCUCGUUGCGUCUGCACUCUGUGCCGGCCCAGACAACGGCCCAGCCGGGCCCUGAUUUUGUGCAGCACCACAGCAGUGCUCCGACGUCGGCGUGCCUGACGCCCCAGCAGCAGCAGCAACUCCAGCUGCAACAGGAGCCGCCGCCUACGUAUGCCCAGUACUACCAGUUCCAGCAAUAUCUGCAGCAGCAGCGACAGCAGCAGCUCCAACAAUUUCAACUGCAACAGCAGCAGCAGGCGCAGCAGCAACAACAGCAGAUGCCAGUGCAGCGUCCAGUAAACGACGAGGAAGAAUACCUAUCAGACUCGGACGUGGACGAGGAUGAGGAGCCACUUGACAUGUGGGCCUGCAAUAUGUGUACAUUCCGCAAUCAUCCGCAAUUGAAUAUUUGCGAGGCCUGUGAGAACGUUAGGAUCCAGCCGGGUAUGAUACGCAUUGUACCUAGCGGAAGUGUCCCUGGAGCUGCUGAUCGAGCUGCUGGCACCUCCAUUGGGAGCCUCGAGCAGCAGCAGCAGCAACCGCAGCAGCCCCAUCAGCCAUAUGUCUUGCAUACAUAACCCAUCCAGAAACGGAAUGCAAAGUUCUCCUAACAUGCAUGCGCUCGCUUUUGAUUGCUUACCCUGUUAUGAUCCGCCU